UACAGUACCGGACAUAAAUGCUGUUCAAUUUUUUAAGGGCUAUACAGGCGAUUUCCCUAUACCGUCCUAUAGAAAAUCACACAGCAUUUAUGUCCGGUACUGUACUAGUAUUAGAUAUAUGAAAAAAUACGACUGCUUUAUACGAAAAAAAUAAUUUUGAUUUUACCGAUCUUAAGGUUCAUCAUACAUAGGACAUUUUUAAAAUAUUUCACAAGGUCAGGUUGGCUUGUUGUAUAGUUGUAGUUACUUUACCGGUUUUUUCGAAUUUUUCACAAGUAAACAGUGCACUAUCAUCGACAUCCAAACUAUUGAACUUUGAACCGGAACAUUUAAUUUACGAUGUUAUUAAAAAUAUUUUUGUUCGUUUCAUCGAUCAGCUUAAUAGCAACUGCGGAACUUUGUGAAAAUGGAAAAGAUGAUCACUGUAUGGCUCUAGACAGUCCGCAAAGUACUUUUAAUCAGGAAACUGAUUGGAAUAAAGCUGAUUCAAUUUAUCAAUUUCAUGCAAAAAAUAUCAUUGGAGAAGAUAUUUCUUUAGAUAAAUAUCGUGGACAUGUAAUGAUUAUUGUGAACGUUGCCAGCGAAUGUGGAUUAACUGAUACAAACUAUAAACAAUUAGUUGAUCUUCAUCGGAAGUAUGGAAAGAGCAAAGGGCUAAAAAUUCUCGCAUUUCCGUCGAACGAAUUUGGCGGACAAGAACCAAAAAGUAAUGAAGAAAUUUUUAAAUUUUCCAAAGGCUAUAAUGUUGAAUUUGACAUGUAUUCAAAGAUAAAAGUAAAUGGAGAAGAUGCUCAUCCUCUUUGGAAGUGGCUAAAAAGUAAAAAAAGCGGUUUAAUCAUAGAUGCUAUCAAAUGGAAUUUUACUAAAUUUAUUAUUGAUAAAAACGGUCAAGUUGUUGAACGAUUUUCUCCAACAACUGAACCAGUUGCUAUGGAAAAUGAUUUAAAAAAAUAUUUUUGAAUUGAUAAAACUACAUGACUAAUUUAAUUAUAAAAAUAAAAAAUAUUUUCAAUACA